UGAAGAGGGAGUCCUCAUCCUCGUCCUCGUCCUCGGUGCAGUGUUGCGCGUGUAAGGUGGGGUAUACCGAAGUCGGUGGAGGGGUGAACGUUGCUCUCGUUCUAGUGAUAUGUGGGAUCUAAUACUCUGUAUCUUAUUUUCCUCCCAACUCCCUUCCCAAUCUCUGCUCAAUUAAUUUCCAUGAUUAUUGUAUUCAUGCUCUCCUGCUUGAACCCUCUUGGCAAACUAUCAAGUACCUAAUCGAGCAUACCAGUCUUGAGUCCAUCCCCAUCAUGUCCUCCAAACGUCCCAAUUUCCUCAUCAUCGUGGCAGAUGAUCUUGGCUUCAGCGAUCUCUCAUGCUUCGGAGGCGAAAUCCGCACUCCAAACAUCGACAAGCUUGCCAAGAAAGGGAUUCGCUUUACAGACUUCCACGCCGCAGCAGCAUGUUCGCCCUCACGUGCCAUGAUCAUGACCGGUACCGACCAUCACAUCGCUGGUCUGGGGAACUUGAUCGAGUGGACAAACAUUUCAGGCCAAAAUGAUCCGAAUGGCACAAUGUCUACUGCUCCUCAACGAGGCAUGCCGGGCUAUGAAGGAUACCUGAAUGAGCGUGUGGUGACACUUCCCGAGAUGCUGCGAGAUGCAGGUUAUCUGACGCUGAUGGCAGGGAAGUGGCAUCUUGGUCUCACACCAGAAAGGAGCCCAAAAGCUCGUGGCUUCGAGCGAAGCUUCGCUCAUCUGCCUGCUUGUAGCAAUCAUUAUGCGUAUGAGCCACAACUUGAAACUCCAGACAAGAUCCCGGAUUUCAUGACGAUGAGCUUUAUUGCGUUGCACAGUGAGGAUGGAGAGUAUGUGAAGAAGCUCCCGGAUGGCUGGUAUUCGAGUGAUGGUUAUGGAGAUAAGAUGCUUAAGUAUCUGAAAGAGAGGAACGAGAGCAAGGAUGAGAGACCGUUCUUUGGGUACUUUCCUUUUACAGCACCGCAUUGGCCUUUACAAGCACCACCUGAGUAUGUGGCGCAUUACAAGGGGGUUUAUGAUGAUGGACCAGAUGCACUUCGACUGAAGCGAUUGCAAAGACUCAAAGACCUUGGAAUGGUAGACCAGGACGUGGAGCCUCAUCCCGUAGUAGCGGAAGAGGUCAAAGAAUGGUCAGAUUUCACACCAGAAGAGAAAGCAAAGUCUUGCCGCGCCAUGGAAGUCUUCGCUGCGAUGGUAGAAUGCAUUGACGCCAAUGUAGGCAAAGUGAUUGACUAUCUCGAGGAAACAGGAGAACUCGACAACACAUUCGUCUGCUUCAUGUCAGACAACGGAGCCGAGGGCGCUGCCUACGAAGCCUACCCCAUGGUCCAAGGAAGCAUGAUCCAGCACCUCCAGAAAUACUACAACAACAGCCUCGACAACCUCGGCAACGGCGACUCAUUCAUCUGGUACGGCCCCAGAUGGGCACAAGCAGCCACCGCCCCGAGCAGGUUAUACAAAGCCUACACUACCGAAGGCGGCGUCCGGAUUCCCUUCCUCGCCAAAUUCCCCACCGAAACAACCCUCAAAGCAGGCACAGAAGACAGCAUCACGCACGCCUUUGGAACAGUCAUGGAUCUCGCGCCCACGAUCCUCGAGAUGGCAGGCGUCAAACAUCCAGCGCCCACCUACCAAGGCCGAGAAGUCGUCUCCAUGCGCGGGAAAAGCAUGCUGCCGUUCAUCACCGGCGCCUCGUCUAGCAUCCACGCCUACGAUUUCAUCAACGGCUGGGAAACCUGCGGUCGUGCCGCUGUGCGCUGCGGUGAUUACAAGAUCGUGUUCAUACCCAAACCUAAAGGGCCGGAGAAAUGGCAACUGUACAACCUAGCUAGAGAUCCGGGCGAGAUCCACGAUCUAGCAGAGAAGGAUCCGGGGAGGUUGGAGAAGAUGAUUAAGAUGUGGGAUCAGUAUGUGUUGGAGACGGGGGUGAUUCCUCUAGCGCCGGAGCUGGGGGAGUGGAUGAGGGCGACGGAGGAGCAGAUGCCGGAGAAUGUGUGGAUGGAGUAUGAGUAUUGGAAGGAUGGGGCGAGGGAGACGCCCGAGGAGUUUAUGAGGCAGCCGAAGAGGUUUCAGAGGGUUGUUAAGGCUAUUUGAGGGGAUUGGUUGAGUGUGGAAUAUUUGGAGUAUGGCAAGUGAACAGAGCUUCAGAAUUGCCUUGAGAGUCUUUGAAUUAUUGAAAAAUUUGGACCAGCUCUCAAUGUUAAAAAAAUAAGUUUGGAUGUAACAUCACAGCUUGGUACUCUAGUGCAGGGCCAUGGAUCACUUGGUCGCUGAACAGAGCUUCAAAGUUGUCUCGAGCUCCUUAGGAGUUUUGGAAAGUCUUGGACCACCUUCUGAGAACAAUGAAACGAGCUUUUGGGUUUGGUUGAUGAUGAAAAUGAGAGUGGAGAAGGUUUAAAAAUUUAAAAAUGCCUUGUUCUUUUAACUAUUGAGAAAACAAUAUGUUUGUAGACGACAGCUAAAGACUUG